AUGCACGUGAACAAGAGGAUCGGCAGAUUCAAACAAUGGGCUGGAGAACGCAUGGGCGGAGAGGCCAAGACCUGUCUCUCUGAUGAUUUCAAGGCAAUGGAGACGGAGAUGGGCGUGCGACAUGAAGGCGUUGACCGCAUUCAUAAAUCCAUGACCUCAUAUGUCAAGGCUAUCUCGAAGCGCAAUGAGGGAGACGACAAAGAGAAGACCCUUCCGAUUGCCCAUUUGGGAAGCAGCAUGGUGGCCCACGGCGAAGACUUCGAUGGGAACUCAGAAUACGGACAGUGUCUGAUCAUGUUUGGGCGCACCGAGGAGCGCAUUGCCCGCAUCCAAGAAAACUACAUCGCGCAGGCGACUUCAAGCUGGCUUGAGUCCCUGGAACGAUCCCUGACUCAGAUGAAAGACUUGCAGCAUGCUCGCAAGAAGCUCGAUAGCCGCCGGCUGGCAUACGAUACGUCUCUCUCUAAGAUGGAGAAGGCCAAGAAGGAGGACUUCCGCGUGGAGGAAGAACUACGCUCGCAGAAAGUGAAGUACGAGGAAGCUAGCGAUGACGUGCUGCGUCGCAUGCAGGACAUCAAAGAAGCCGAAGCCGACAAUGUGAUGGACAUGGGGGUGUUUUUGGAUGCUCAGCUUGAAUACCAUGAACGGUCCCGUGAAGCCCUGCUGCAGCUCAAGAAUGAAUGGGCUGGCCAAGUACAGGCCCCUUCCCGUCGUCCGACCCGUUCUCGUUCCAACACUGCCCAUUCGUACCAGGAACGGUAUGAGCCAUUGCAGGAAGAGUUAAUGAAUGCGACGGGGACUCGACCGCCCAUCCGAUCGACUAGAUCUAUCACGCCGUACUCCGAGUCACCCCCCCGAGAGACAUAUGGAACCAGUGGGGUCUCACGUCCCGUUCUCAACAGGGUUCCCACAUUCGAAGGACCGGCUCAACUGCGACAAGAACAAUCGCCAGUUGCAUCACAGUGGAUCCAGCAGCGAACUACCAGCGAGAACCUAGGCGGCUUUGGACGUCGAAGCAGCACUCAAGUUGGGAAUAGUCGAAUCUCUGCCGAUCCUUACGCCGACUCCGAAGAGGUCAGCUCGUAUGGUCGUUCUAGCCCCGAGCGGAUGUUUGGCGGGGGCAGGGAUAUCUCCCCAGCAACAUCUCACGGCAGCGUGCCAUCCCGGAGACCCAGUGCAACCAACUUGAACACCAUUGGAUCGAAGAAAGCUCCUCCCCCACCUCCACCAUCUCGUGCGAAGAAGCCACCUCCACCUCCACCGAUGAAGCGGUCCCUUCUUGCGGCACCGAAUGCGUAA